AUGCUGGGUAUCGUUGAGCUUGGAAUCAAAUAUCGGUAUUUUGCCUUGAUUUUUAAAGGAAACUUCAAAUUUUGCAGGAUAUGGCGGUCACAAGCCCAACAGCAGACGAAAAAGAGCCCGAGGGGUGCUCCGGCGACGCCGCUCGCCAAAAUGGCGUCGAAAUUGAACGAGGAGUCCAUUUCGGUGCGUUUUUUUUUAAUUUUUUGUGCAAAAAAUGUGCUUUUUGAAUGGGAUUACAAAAUCGGCUCAAAAUUAGCACUGAAACCACAGAAAAUCCUCAAAAACUCGAAAAAUGUUCAGUUGGAAUCCGUGAUGGCCGAAUUCAAGCUCUCGAAUACGACGCUCCGCCGAAUGAUGUCGCACAUGUCGGACAAUAUGGACAGGGGCCUCGAGUCCGGUCUCGAGAGGUCCACAAUAGCGAUGUUGCCCUCGUUUGUACCCGAAUUACCCAAUGGAAAAGGUAAAAAUGUGAAAACCUGAAAUCUCCUGAAAAACCGUUAAAAAACGCAGAACGCGGCAAAUUCGUGGCGAUGGACUUGGGCGGUACGAAUUUGCGAGUGAUGCUCAUGGAACUGGAGCCCGGCGAGCCGAUGCGCACGAAGCAGUUCAACACGAGAAUGCCGAAUGCGGCGAUGCACGGAACCGGCGAAAAAGUGCCAUUUUCACCUAUGAAUUUCGAACAACUCUGCCAAAUUUCAGCUGUUCGACUAUAUCGCAAAGGCGCUGGGCGAUUUUCUGAUCGAAAGAGACCUGGCCGACGAGGAUUUGCCCGUCGGAUUCACUUUUUCCUACCCGUGCGACCAGACCGGACUCCGAUCGGCCACUCUUCUCAGGUUCCCCCCAUUUUUCUGCAAAUUGUCGUGAGAUCCGGUGCAUUUUGUGCAAACACCAACCCGUGCGGAACUACAGUAACUCAUUUUUGUCGUUUAGAUGGACGAAAGGAGUGACGGCGACCGGAUGCGUGGGCGAAGACGUUGUGCAACUGCUUGAGAAUGCCAUCAAACGCGACGGGGUGGGAAUUUUUGAACUUGUUCUAAUAAAACCUUUCAAAAAAGUACAUUUUCAGCGCGUAAAAGUGACGAUAGUGGCGCUGAUUAACGAUACGGUCGGAACGAUGGUGGCGGCGGCGUACGAAGCCGGCGGCCAGUGCGAUAUCGGCGUUAUUAUCGGUUAAACAAAUAUGAAAAUGUUUUAAAACAACAUUUUUUCAAAUUUCAGGAACCGGAACGAACGCCUCGUACAUGGAACACUCGAAGAACAUUGUGCACGGAUUGGCAAACGCCACCGAACAGUACAAUCAUAAAACGGUACUUUAUUAAACAAUACACUUUGAACGAUGCCAUUCAGAUGAUCAUCGACACGGAGUGGGGAGGAUUCGGCGAUCGCGGAGAGGCGGAUUACAUUUUCACGCGAUACGAUAAAAUUGUCGACUCGAAAUCCGACCAUCCCGGCGUCAAUUCGUACGUUUUCUGCGUUUCGUCGUCAAAUUCAGUGUGAUUGCACAGAAACACACAAAAACAUUGCAGACUGGACAAGCUGAUCGCCGGAAUGUGCAUGGGCGAGCUCGUUCGGCUGGUGCUCGAACGGCUCACCGCCAACAAAGUGCUCUUCAACGGAGUCGGCUCGAAACUGCUCAAAACGCCGAACACGUUCCCGACAAAGUACAUUUCCGAAAUUUUACAGUGAGUUUUUACAGUUUUCAAAAGCAAAUUUCCAAUAAAUUCGAUUUCAGUGACGAUUGCGGAGUGUACAGUAACACGCGUCAAAUCAUGGACGAGCUGGGCAUCGAGGGCGCCACUUUCAGCGAUAUGCUCCUGCUCAGAGAGGUUUGCGUCGUCGUCUCGCGAAGAAGCGCCAAUUUGGCGGCCGCCGGUCAGUUUUCCCAGGCCUAGGAACCUAGGCCACGUCCAUUGCUUUCAGCGAUCGCCUGUGUGCUGAAUCGAGUGCGCCGCCCGAAUAUGCUCGUCGCAAUCGACGGAUCCACCUACAAAUAUCAUCCGUUCUUCAACCACUGGGUCUGCGAGAAGAUUCGCGAACUGCUCGACCCGGGACUCGAUGUGAGUCGGGCUUUCUAGGCCAGCUCCUGCAAAAACUAGGCCACCACUCGUUUUUCCGCUCAAAAAAUAGGGAUUUUGAGCGGAAAGUCAGAUCUUUCGUAUAUUUUUAUCGAAAACUUGAAUCCAGCCUUUCCCAUUCAUUUCCCCCUUCAAAUAAUUUCGAAAUGACGUUGUCCGAGUGAUUUCCAAGCUAAUUUUCAUGAUUCAGUUCAAAAUCGUGCAAACCGGAGACGGAUCGGGACGCGGAGCCGCCCUCAUCGCCGCCAUCGUCUCGCGCGUCAAAAAAGACGAGGAACGACGUCUCCUGGAGCUCGGUAAGCCAUUUUUUCCGUUCCAGGACGUUUUGCAACCAAAAACUUUGCAAAUGUACUCAAAAAUUAGCUGCGAAAUGCCCCUUAAAAAUUUUUUACUCUUCGCUACCAAAAAUUGGUUGCAAAGUGUCCAAAAAUGUGAAUUUCAGAAGCGCAACGACGAAAGGAAGCCGAAGAGGAGGAAAAGCGUCUUUUGGAAGUGGAAAACGAGAAAAUCGAGGCGGAAGAGCGGGCGCGAAAAAUGUCGGAAAUGAUGAAGUACCAGUUUGAGCGCGGAGUCGAAGAGUACCAGAGACACGACUAAUUAGGACUACUGUAGAUAUUGUAGAUGAUAAGAACAUUUGUUUCUAGAUGUUUAGUGAUUUUACCGCAUUUUUUUCAGUAUUUUCCAGAAAAUUCCGGCCCAAUAGUGAUGAUUUUUAGCAUAGUCUUUAUUUUCCCUGAGAAAUAUGUACUUACCACCAGUUUUUUUGCCAUUUUCCUUUUUGUCCCCUUUAGGUUGCCAUAUUCCCCCCACUCAUUGUCACAAGUUGCCAUUCAAAUCGAGAUUUUCUUGUCUAGUUUUCGCAAACACCCUAGUCUUUUCCUCCCGUUUCUGUGCUCUCCACAAUCAAUCGUUUGAAAAAUCAAAAAAUUUGAGCUUUUCCGUUAUCCGCUGGACAAUGAAGCGUGCGAACGUCCAGAUCAAGCUGUGGCAGAGACACGAGUGGUUCGUCAAAAAGGUACUCGCUGCGUCAGUUUUGCUAACUUCAGCCACGACUUUAGAAGACUCCGGUAUGUUGUUUGCGUCCAAAAAAGCUUUAAGUUCACUUUUCAGAAGAUCUCGAACUUCAAGCGUACGUACAUUUCUUUAUUUUAUUAUGGGGCUAUUCAGCGUAUGUUUGUUUUCCGUUUUUUUUCGUUUUUUUUUACAUCGCUGAAUUGGAUUUUUUGAGGUAAAAAAACGGAAAACAAUCAAUUUUUUUCACAGCCUAUACAACUCGUCUCUGAAAUUCAGAGUGUGUAACAGGUGAAACAUUUAAUCAAAAAUGAACCAGAGCUGCAAAAUCGCAGUUUCAUUUUCAUUAUUCCAUGGCAACAGCUCCUUCUUUUUGGAGUUUAACUUUUCUUAAAUACAAAGUUGAAUAUCAAGAGGAAUGGAAGUUCUUCCAAUACGACUCUCUAUUCUCUCUAUUAAUGUUGAUUCUAUACGUGAAAAAUGGCAUUUUCUCAAAAAAUGUUUGUUUUUUGAAACGUUUUUCGGGUUUGUACACGGUGAUUAGAGAAAGAUAAAAAUUUCGAGUAUUUUUCUGUGCGCCGCAACUUCUGAUGCGUGCUGUUCGAAGAAUACUCACUCAUUUUUCCUAAUUUUUUGGGAACUAGUUCAUUAUGAUUGAAACUCGCAAGCGGCAACGAGAAACUCGCAAAAAUGUCUAGGGAUCAGUGCCAAAACAGCUUUGUUCGAAAUAUGACUGCUCGUGCGCGCUUUUUGUGUCUCUUUGUUAGUUUACAUCAUAAUGAACUCAUUCGCAAGACAUCAAGUGUCGAAAUCGUGCAGAAUUUGGGUUAAUUUUGAAUUGUUAAUCUUGGUUUCGAGUACCUCAAUUGCAAUCUAAUUAGAAGCGGUUGCAAUCUAAGUGAGGCAAAUUCUAUUUCAAACGAGUUCAUUUUAGAUUGCAAAAUCUUCUAAUUAGAUUUCAAUCGAGUUCCCAGAGUUACGCUUCUGUACAGGUGUUUCAAAAUGAAUUUCAGAUGA